CUGACCCGGAAUCAAAACAACUCCUACACAGAAUUAAAAUGGAUUUAUUUACGUAACAGCGGCUUUGAAUGAUUGUGAAAAUGCACAAACUUCAAAAAGAAAUAUGUACCUUACACUUCUAGCCCAUUAAAGGUGUAGUUUCAACUUCAUUAAGAUGUCAUCAGUUUGGGAUGAUACGCCAGAUAGGCUGACCUCGUUUGGACCACUUUCUUCUGACACACAAGCCUCGGGAAACUUCCUUCAACGGUUGUUUAAGAAGACUAAAGAUGACUCUGACCUGUCAAAUGACAGCAGUAAGGCUAACAGUAGAGAUGUAUCAGUGGAACGUAACCUCGCUGGAAACAUGACUGGCUCCCGGGAGCAGUCAUUAAGCAGAAACAAUUCCAGGGAUCCGUUAUCGAGAAGGGACCAGUCGAGGGACCACUCAACAGAAAGACAGGGUGUAGGCGGGCAGUUUGACAGAAAAAUGGUCUCACCUAUGAUCUCAAGACAGCGUUCCAUGUCCUCAAUACCAACUGAUGGGGAACCAAAGGUUAGCAGGUCAGAGGUCAAAGACGAAGCCACUCGAAGAACUCUGGGUAGCGUCCUAACACGACUGACAGCCAUUGUUGAGCGUAGGGCACCGACCCCACAAGUGUACAGAGACAGCGAUUUCAAGCAGUACUGGAUGCCAGACAGCAGCUGCCGUGAGUGUUACGAGUGUGGCGAUCGUUUCACAACAUUCCGACGCCGACACCAUUGUCGUAUCUGCGGACAGAUAUUCUGUAAUGCCUGCUGUUGUCAAGAACUUCCAGGGAAGAUCAUUGGAUACAAAGGAAGUAUCCGGGUGUGUCGUUACUGUCUCGAGAUUGUCAGCCAGUACGCCCAAAAAGCUGAUCCAGACUCUGGAGUCACGCGGGAGGUCAUAAAUAAGUACAUGCAGGCAGAGGCCUCGACAUCACCUGACCAAAAACGAUCACAUGUGGACCUUCAAAGAACUCUGUCAUUACGAUCGCCCAUUGAUCCAGACAACAGCUCUGACAGCUUGGCUCCCUUUGAUCUCACCCCACAGACAGAGUUUGUGGUCUCGGAUAACUUCCCCAGUGACAGAAAACUGCUGCUUCAGGAUUCAAUCCAGCUGCGAAGCCUAUGGUCCCUGAUGUUGGACCCGGAGAAGGGUCUGGAGUUUCAGACGGUCCGGCUCCGACUGCGCACCAAUCAGCGUUGUGUGCCGGGAAACAGGAUCGUAGACUGGCUGUUGAAACAGGAUAGGGUUGCCAACAGGGUACAGGCAGUGGUUAUUGGGCAAGCUUUGAUAGACGCAGCUUUUCUGGACCCUAUACACAACAUAACCACACCGUUCAGGGAUGACUUCACCCUCUAUAAACCAGCGGAGAUCCCAUUGUUUGAUGGGGAUAUCCCAGAAUUCAGCCAAUCAGAUGAGACUUUGAUGCAAGACUCCGCCCCUCUCUGGUUUCAACAGAUCCAGUCCAAUAAUUCUGAUUCUAGCAGCAAUAAUGGGAAGGAAGAGCUUUUCAGUACCCUGGCUGAUUUGUCACAUGACUCCAGGGGAGAGAUCAGAGUUGAUGAGCGACACUUUGACGAACCUCAGCCCCAAGUUCCAAUCAUUAUAGCGGAUGAAGAUGCCCCAGCAGUGGAGUCUAUAUUUGGAACAGUCGCUGAUGGCAACAGUUGCCUAGAUACAGAUGGGGUCAUUGGCAAUGAGAUGACAGGGUCAUUUAGAACAUUGGAGAUAGAUAGUGGGGAUCCGGUUGUCCGAGGGACCUAUGAAAAGUUACAACAAGAACACCAUGAACACCUAACUUUACUCACAAAACAACUUCUACACGAGGAAAACCUGCCAGCUGGCUGGGAAGACAUCAUCAUUUCCACAGUGGAUAGGGUUACGCUGUUUGUGAAACCAGACGUCAAGGAUAACAACGAUGAUAGCGAUAUACGGAAAUAUGUGCAUAUAAAGAAAAUACCAGGUGACAGUCGAGAACAGACAGGCGUGGUCCACGGUGUGUUAUUCAACAAGAAUGUGGCUCAUAGGCGAAUGGCACAGAAGAUCACAGACCCCAGUGUUCUCCUUCUGCAGGGAUCCAUUGAGUACCAGAGGGUGGAGAAUAAAAUGUCUUACUUGGAACCUCAGAUACUGCAGGAGGAGGAGUUUUUGAAGAAGAGCAUUAAGAAGAUCACCUCCCUGAAACCGCGGCCAGACAUUCUCGUGGUGGAGAAAUCAGUCUCCAGGCUGGCACAGGAGUUUCUACUUAAGGCCGGGAUAACACUCAUAUACAAUGUGAAAGAGUCGGUGAUGCAGCGUCUAUCCCGAUUCCUCGACUCAGAGAUUGCGACAUCUAUCGAAAGUCUCAUGGGACGCAUCAAGGUCGGCUUCUGUCACACGUUCUCGGUCCGAUCGUUCAUGCUACCAACCGGUGAUACGAAGAACAUGAUAUGUUUUGACGGCUGUGCAACUCACCUCGGAUGUGCUGUGAUACUCCGAGGAGGUGGAAAUAACGAACUAAAGAAGGUGAAGAGAAUUCUCAACUACAUGAUCUAUGCAUCGUACCAUUCUCGACUGGAGAUUGCCUUUUGUAUGGAUGAGUUUCUCAAACCUCCACAGAAGGAGGAUUUGGAGUUUGAAGAGGAUAUUAGUUCAAAGAAAAAAGGCCAAAAAGAAACCAUAGAGACCCAAAGUGAAAAUAAGAAAAAAGAUGCAAAACAUCAUCACCAUUCAAGGGGUAACUCAAGAGAAUAUGCGAGAAGUGGUUUGAAUUCAAAGGAAUGUAAAAAAGACAUUGUUAAUUUUUAUGUAGGUGAUUCAGAAAACAUUUCUGAGCCAAAUCAAGCAAAUGUGAAACAACAGCUGAUUAAGGAUAAUGAAGAGUUGGAAAAAGAAAGUGUAAAGAGUGGAGAAAGGUCUAAAGUGACAACAGAUACUGAGAAUUCAGAAGUGACAAAUGCUACAUCAAAGAAGGUUGGUGAUGAUUUGGAAAGAACUGGAUCAUUUGUGCCUUUAACUAGCGUUGAAAGUCGUGAAUUUGACAAUAUUCCUGGCCAAGGAGUCCUUGAUCAAAAUGUUGAAGAGUCAAAGAAUAGAUCAAAUACCCAUGUAGCAAAAAAUGAAAAGACAGAAAAUUACCACAUCAAAAAUCAAACAGCUGAAGACAAUGCAAUAAAUAAAACUCAGGGAACAAGAGAACGCUCAAUGACAAAUGAGCAGAAAGGUAAAAAACAUCCUAAAGAAAAAACUGAUGAUUUAAAUCCAAAAGACAAAGAUCAAGAGGUUAACACAAAUAAAUCACAAACCAACCAAUCUAUAUCAGUCCCAGAGGUGAGGCAUAGAAACUUGUCAGGCAAUCGACGGGAGAGAAGCCCAAAUGUCCAGCGUCGGUCAGCGGCCACCCAGCUCACUGACCACUCCGACCCACUUCAUAAUUACCAGAUAAGCAAGGACGAGUCAAUAUUUGAGUCUUCCAUGGCAUUUCAAGAACAGCAGGUUACUCGGAGGGCCAUUUUCAAGAAGAGUUUAGAUAACACAGUGUUGUCAACUUCUCCAUACAUCAAGUACAGCUUACCUUUCCUGGAGACGGAGUCCGGAGCCAAGUGUGAACUCAGAAAAUACUUCCCUGAAGAGCUCUACUGGUCAUCUACACUGUGUGAUAAGUCUCCUCCGAAGGCCUACACCAAGAAGUCAGACACGUCCAACACAAAGGUGCCUUGUGAGAUGGCACACAUUGAAAUACAAGAGGCGCAUGAGUUUAUACGUCAACCUCUGAGGGAAUCAGCAAACAAUAUCUCUAUACAGACACUGAUGGCCAAGUUCAGAGCAUAUGGAGGGAGGAUCAACAUUAUGGAGCCAGUAAAGACUGUGGACAGUAGGACAGCCAGGAAUAACAAGGAAAACAAAAACAAAGGGAAACAACUCGAAGUGGAGGUACCCAAGGUAGACAACUCCAUUCCCCGGGAACACAAAGUAGACUGUCUGGACACAGUCCAACACCAAAAGAUAACUGUCCUGUUCAGUAGCUUCAGUUUCCAGUCAGAGAACCACCCUUAUCCCUGUGUAUAUCCAUGGGUGGUGACAAUGGAGUUCUAUGGGAGGCACGACACUACACUGGGAGAGUUCCUGGAGAGGUUCUGCUUCAGACCAUCCUAUGUGUGCCCAUCUGACACCUGUCACAUGUCGAUGGACCUGCACAUUCGGAGGUUCGUCCAUGGGCGUGGAUGCCUCAGUCUCGUACUGAAACGUUCAACCAAGGAGAAGCCAAUCAACAUUGGGAAAACUAUACAGAUGUGGUCUUGGUGCUAUAAGUGCAAACUGACCACACCACGCAUACCAAUGAGCAUUGAGACUUGGCACCUCUCAUUUUCUCGAUAUCUGGAGCUCCGUUUCCAUGGCGACAACUUUGUGAGGCGUGGAGACACAUGUCCACAUUCCCUCCAUCAUGAGAACUUCCAGUACUUUGGUUACCAGGAUACUGUUGCUUCGUUCAAGUACUCUGCUAUCAAACUGAAAGAGAUCAAGGCGCCGCCAUUUGUGAUUGAUUACACGGUUACUAUGGAGACAGUGUACAUCUACAGACAGAGAGAAGAGGUUAAACGACUCUCUAGAAUGGUGACUGAGAUGUUUGACCAGCUAUUGCAGUACACAUGUACCCUGGAGUCAGAGGUCCACUGUGAAAUUCUCACCAGGAUGCUUGGAGAAGGAAAGACACACCAACAGGCUGACAAAACAAAGAUAAAAGAACUAGUCCUUAUCUUACGAGAGUGGCUCGAGAGCCUCAUACAAGCCAGUGUUGAUGUAAAGGUGCUUACUCUGGAUGAGAAACAACAGGAGACCUUCUGGAGGAUUGAAGAUGGGAUCGUCAACCUGAAGAGGGCUAUUGCCGAGACUGUAGGGGUAUGGAACCAGAGGUUAAAUGAGCUGUAUGCCCAACAAAAGAAGUCCAAGCAGUCUAGUGUGAGAAAGAGCCAGGAACCAGUCUCUUCCAGUCUGGGAACCAGUGCAUUAGGGGAACCAAUACAGACAGAACCAGUCAGAAAUGAAAGGUUGGGUUCUGAACUUGUCAACAUUGUAAGCAACGAUAAUACAGAACACAAACCAGCCCAGACUGAUGCUACUCUGAAGGAUACAGACUUGGAUGUGGCAGUGUUGCCCCCUGUGACUGAUACAGACAUUGAUGUGACUGUGUUGCCCCCUGUGCCUGAAGACAUUGGCAGAGAGACUUUGGAUCAGGAUAAUAAGUGCCAGCCCCCAGAACCUUGGCCCCCGAAUAUCCCUUCCAGCCCUGACGAACAGCCAGACAACGAUGAUUUGUUCUCUAUGUCUGGAGGCUCAUACUUCAACAGGCCCCGCCAAGAAUCAGACUUCAGUUUCAUCAGCAUGUCUCCACCACAACGUAGGGACAGUGCAUGCUUGUCUGAUUUCUCAGCAAGUUUCAUGUACGGCACAACUCCGGGAAUAACAGCAGCUGGCAUCUGGCCAGAGAGCCCCGAUAACGAAUUGUCCGAGACCUACGUGGUCUGUCAAAGAGAGGAUAUAGUUAUAUCUCCUCCAGUCCUAUCUGUGGAAGAGUCUAUGAAAAAGAUGGAAUUGGAACAAGCUGUUAACUCGGGUACACCUGCUGUUGCUUUGACUACCAAUAAAACAGUUACAGACCAAGAAUCAGAGGCAUCUAUAGUUUCUACGACAACCAGUGGACCAAUCACAGUUCAGGAUCCAGGGGUACCUGCAAUUUCUAUGGUAACCAAUGAGCAAAUCACAGACCAGGAAUCAGAGGCAUCUGUUGUUCCUUUAACAACCAGCGAACCAAUCACAGUUCAGGAUCCAGUGGUAUCUGCAAUUACUAUGGUAACCAAUGAACCAAUUACAGACCAGGAAUCUGAGGCAUCUGUUGUUUCUCUGACAACCAGUAAACCAAUCCCAGUUCAGGAUCCAGUGGUACCUGCUAAUACCUUGGCCAUCAAUGAGCCAAUGACAGACCAGGACAUAAAGGAACCUGUCACUGCCAUAGCAACCAAUGAGCCAAUCAGAAGGCAGGAUUCAGAAAAGACUAUCAAUCUGGAAGCUUCUCAGGGGACUGUUGUACAGCAGAAGUUAUGCAAGCCUGAAACCUUAAAACCUAGAAAGCCCUUAGGUGAGGAUCAGCCAGAUAGCAUAUCAGGGGCCAUCAGGAAGACCCUGCAGAUUGGCUCAAUAUGGCCCGGAUCUGGAGCAUUCCAGAUACCAAACCCAUUCAACCUGUAUGACCACCAUCUCUUGCCGGUGUGUGAACGGGUGCCAGUGGUCGUGUAUGACCAUGAACAGAGCUCCAUCAUCGCAUACUCUCUCAGUUGCCAUGACUACCAUACAAAGCUUUGUGAUAUACAGCAAACUCAAAGGAGUUCUAUGUCGAAGGCUGAUACAGAAAGCCUGGACAAAUACCCCAGAGAAGAACAAGGAAACAUGACUAAACGCCCGUCUUCGGUGAAGCUGUCUUUCUUCAAGGGAGGUAAUCGGGAAAGCUCAUCGCGCAACGAUCUUCCAGACACAGUGAAGUUUGUAAACAAGGCUGAGGGGCAGGUGUUGGAAAGCCCACAAGAUGAAGGGGAGCAUCCAGGGUUUACAGCCAGCAUGUCUGAGGGAGGGGAUAAAAACAGGAACGGGAAACAACCUGUUAAUGACCAUAUAGAGCUUCAGUUUUCUGAAUCUACAGCGAGGUUUUACUGCAAGGUCUACUUCGCGGACCAGUUCCGACAACUUAGAAAACAUAUAUUCCCUGAUGGUGAAGAUGUUUACAUUAGGUCAUUGAGCAGGUGUAAGGCUUGGGAAGCCAGUGGGGGGAAAUCAGGCUCUUCGUUCUGCAAAACUGAAGAUGACCGGUUUAUCCUGAAGCAGAUGUCGGGCAUGGAGGUGGAGUCAUUUGAGAAGUUUGGACCUGAAUACUUUCAGUACCUUGCUUCUAUAGAAAAACAACAGAAGCCAACAGCUAUUGCUAAGAUAGUUGGGGUGUAUCGUAUUGGGUUCCGGAACCAGCAGACAAACAAUGCCAUGAAACAAGACCUUCUGGUGAUGGAAAACCUCUUCUAUAAAAGGACCAUAUCUCAGACAUAUGACCUGAAGGGUUCUGAGCGUAACAGGCUCGUGAAGACGGCCAGGAAGCCGGGCAAAGAUGAAGUGGUGCUACUCGAUGAAAACUUCCUUAGAGGUAGUGUAGAAAAUCCGUUAUACAUACGGCCACAUUCCAAGACAGUGUUGAUGCACGCUAUUAGCCAUGACUCCCAGUUCCUGGCAAGUAACCUUGUGAUGGACUAUUCCCUUCUUGUUGGACUUGAUGAACAGAAGAAGGAAUUGGUAGUCGGAAUAAUUGAUUACAUUCGAACAUUCACAUGGGAUAAGAAGCUGGAGACCAUUCUGAAAUCACACAUUGGAGAUCGAGGGAAAAUGCCGACAGUUGUCUCCCCUGAGGUAUAUAGGACAAGGUUUCUGGACGCCAUGAGUAAAUAUUUCCUGCCUGUACCGGAUCAGUGGUCAGGGUUGGGCAAAGACUGGACGCCGGACCAUUCGUAUCCAGGGAAAUAGCUGGUUGUGAAGUUUUAAUCACGGAAAAGCAUUCCACAAUAAUGAGAAAGUGUUUUGAGAUUUCAUAUCAGUGCAAGACCAGUGAUCAUGGCUGGGUAAAGACUGGAUGCCGGACCAUAGCUAUCAAAGGACAUAUUGGAAUUGCUGUUGAACAUUCCAUAAGUAAAUAGUUUUGGCUUGUAUCAAGUCUGUUAUCACAAAUAUCUGUGUAAUUAUUUUGGUUUGCUUUAAUUGCAUUUAGCAUAAGCUCUGUUGAAAGAAAUAUGAAUGAAAAUUAGAGCGAAACACCAAAGUCCAAAAUCUUAAAGAUUCUUUUAUUAAUAGAAAUUAUAAGUAAUAUUUGGUACCAAAUAAUGCUUUCUAAUACAGACCCAAUUCAGCAGAUUUUGUGAAAAUAAACUAUGUCUUGUCUUUCCCAUACAUUGCCAAUGCUAUUCUUAGGAAUGGCUGAAACUUAAUUUAGGAAACAUUGUCACAAAAACAAAUACUUAUUUCCUGUGCAAAGCACAAAUGCGCAGUUACUGGGGAUUAUAAGUAUACACAUUGUCACAAAAAUACACAUCCCCUAGAAUCAAUCCUUACUCACUCUUUCUUACUAAUUCGAUCUUGUACUAAGACGAAAAACAACAUGUAGAGUAUACAAAUGUUUAAUUUGUUGUAAGCGUCAUGGCCAAUCAACUGUACAUACACAAACAUUUUCACAUAUUUCAACAUAUACUAACAUAAACAACACAUUUUCAUUGAAAUUAUUCAAAAAGCAUUGAUAUAUCUAUGUAACAACACAACUUUUGUUAAACAUAAAGACAAAAUUUUGUAUAUCAUAAUGUAUACUGAUUUCAAGAAUAUAAUGAUGAGUUCCGAUGUUUGCUAUGAAUGAACCCGUUAAGUUUUUUGAAAUAAAAAAAACGUCGGACAUGCUUGUACACAGCUUGGUGACCAUGCGCUGAAUGAAUCACUCAAUAUUGCACGGUAAACACGUGCUCGAUAGAGCCCGAAAUCAUAGCGCCCCCAGGCGUAUCGUUUCGGAACGAUACAAGGGGAAACAAUUUUCUCCUAAUUCUUUUCAAUCAAACGUAGAAAAUUAUAUUUGUCACAAAAAUUCAAUACUUACUAUCUGUGCUAAGGAUUUAUAAAGAUUUGGUAGCCAAAUGCAGAUGCCAAAGUAAUGGGGAUUUUAAGUAUAAACAGUGUCACAAGCAAGGCUGAAAUGCAUAUAGACACUCUUUAAGCUAACACCAAAAAAUGAAGAAAAUUUCUUUGACGAAAAAUGCAUGUACAAAACACUUCUCUGUUAUAUUUGCAUAGUCGGUUGACACAGCGGGCUAGCUUUACGUCGACUUAAGAUUUGUAGUAGCAUUUGAGCUUAAGAGGUCUGGAAGGGUGCUGCACCCUGUAGCUUAAAAUAUCACCCUUCUGCCCUCAUGGUGAUCAGCAUGUGCACCCUUUUGCCUUUGUAGAAUCAAAUUGUUCUUUUGCUUUGAUUUGAUAAUAUCAUAAGUAUACUUCACUUAAAAAGUUGCAGGUGACACCUAAUACUUUUUCAAUUAAAUACAAUUUCUAACAUUUUAUGUCAUACAUUCAUGUUCAUGUUCUUCACAGCCUGAUACAAUGCCCCCUUUCCACCCUUAACAACCUGUCUCUCUUGCAGCACCCUUUUUAAAAUCUGGCUAAAAUCCUAUUUCUUACCAAGGACUUUCUCAACAGGAGCAUUUUUAUAUAUGGGUUUUAUUAUUAUAAUAAUUAUGUUUUCACUGUAUUCGCAUUCUGUAUAAUUAUUAUAGUAUCUGUCUUAUUAAUAAAUUUCGGACUGAUUUUUUCGACACUUUUUGAAACUGAAAUCGGUCUGGCUUGGUCAAAAUCGGUCCAGACCGGCAAAAUGCAGGUUUUGAGAAGCCCUGGUCUUAUAUGGUAAAAAUAGAUCAAUAUCAUAAUGGCAACUCUUGACCUUAUAUUUUGAUAUAGUGUACUAUUAUUGUGAUCUUUUUACUGGUUUAUUAAGAAAUAGCAGUGAAUGGAAACAUGAUAAUAUCAGCAUUUGAAACAGUACAUUUAUCAAAACAUAAUUUUGCUGUUUCUCUCCUUUUUGACCAUUUUACAGUAAAAAAACUAGGUAAAUGCAGUACAAGCUUGGAAAAAAAUGAUGUCAUAUUGGGUAUAAGAUCAUUUGGCUAUAUUUUGCUUCAAUUUUCUAAUUUAAUGUCAGAAUUAUAAUCAUGAAAGGGCAAAUGAAAUUAUUUCACUCAUGGCAAAGCCAUUAGUUUUGUCAAAUAUUACUGUUAAAACUCCUUUGGUGGAUUUUUUUACACUGGUAAACUGAACCCAUCAUAGUAUGUUCUAUAUGUCUUGAAUUGUAAUCUUAGAUUUAUAAUAGCCAGUUUUCAACAGGCAGGCACCAACUUAUGACAUCAUGUUAAAAUUUUCAUGUUUUCACUGACUUAAUUAUAAGACUAAAGUCUAAAUUGUUAUAGUUAGUAAAUUCUAAUUUAGAACCUUGCAAUCGAGGACUCAGAUUUUAAUUCAUAAUUAUUGUUUAUUGUUCUGUAUAUUGCGGAAUUUAGGAUUAUCGCCUUUAAAGGUUAAAAGUACUUGUUAAUUAAUAUAUGGUAAUCCGUUAUAAGGUGACCUUGCAUUUCACAAGUCAAGUAGGAGUUUAUUUAAUUGAAGGUUUUUUGAAAAUGAAUUUAACUAUAAUAGGUGUUUAAUCAGUAGAUAUUUUAUUGUUGAAAAAAGGAAGGUGUUGGAAUUCAUUUUAAAACGAUAAUCUGAUUAGGAAUGAAGUUUAACAUUAUUAAAAGCUACUUAGUUUAUACUAAAAGUCUUAUUUAUUUAAGCUUUAUUAUUAAGACAGCUAAAAGCUGAUUCUAAUCACUCUUUAGUCAGGUUUCUGUGCAGAAACCUGUAUGGCAUCCUUUUUGUACGGCUCUGAGAAAGUACCACUGGUUGGGAAUGAACCCUCAAAAUUAUGUGUUAGAGUUUGACAUCUUUACCACUAGACACUGAAAGCUAUUUAUCAACUGAUAUUAAAUAAACAGAAUAUAUGAUGUCUAAAUAAUGAUAAAAAGACUUAGCUCUACAGGCAGUCGUAAAAUAUUUAAAAAGUUUACCUACAACAUUUAAAAGACAAUAAGUACUUAUUAGACUGACAGCUGUAUUAUGCAACAAUUUUAUUGCUUAAACAUAAAAAUAACUAUUUACGUUCGUGCAAAAUAUAUACUAGUAAUAGUAGUAAUACUAAGAUUGUCGCAAUUUGAAAGGUUUAGUUUAUUUUUCCUCUUUUUUCUCCUUUUUUGCACGAAAUUUCAUUUACAAGUAUAUUCUUCAUCUAAUUUGAUUGACACUGAUGUUGUCCUUCAACCAUUCAAUUGACAAAGAAAUGGAUUAUGUUGUGGCAAUGAAUGUGUACUAGUACAAAAAUGUCAAGGUUUUGUGAUUCAAUGGAUCACCUCUGACAAACAACCUCAGACAGGUGAUCAGGCAGUGGAGCUAUUAAAGCUGCACUCUCACGGAUUUACCAUUUUUCCAACUUUUUUUAUUUUUUGUCUUGGAAUUAGCAAACUUUUGUGUAAAUAUCU